AGGCUGGUGGUGGUGGUGGUGGUGUUGUUGUUGUGAGAGGAGGUGAUGAUGGUGGUGGGGCAGGCUCCUCCCUCACCACACCUGUGGCACUCUACCUCACCUUACUUCACGUGGAUAUGUUAGCCUCCUCCACCACGAUAUUAUUAACCAUGUAACGACACCAAUUGGUCAUUAAGGUACAGUACAAUGGAUGUGGAGAGCAGGACCAGCGGGGAGGUGCUGGAGGAGGUGUUCCUGGAGACAGCCAUAGAGGGUGCACCUUUCAUUGACAAUAGCUCCAGCUAUAACUUGAAUACUGUCUUGGGGGAUCUGAAUAAUCCUGACCUGGGGUACUUGGUACUGUCCCUGCUGGUGGCCAUAUCCUGGUCUGUUUACAUCAUUCUCUUCAACUCACGGGUCCAGGGAAGCAUUUUGACUGCAAUCCUCCGUAGAUUUGUCAAAAGUGGAGAUCUGACAAUAGGUUCAUUUUCGCUGUCUGUAUUGUCGGGCAAGAUCAUGUUUCGCAAUGUUGUGUAUGUAACGGAAGAUUACAGCCUCCGCAUUGUUGAUGGAAUCCUCAAGUUUAGAUACUGGCUUCCCUAUGUGAAGCGUGAACUCUCGGAAGAUAUGUCACAUUGUGACCAUCGAGUGUGGCUUGAACUUAAUGGACCAGAGCUGCACGUCUAUAAUCGGUCACAGUUGUACAGUAGAUUAGAGAAGACAUUUGGUUUGGAGAGUCAACUUGUGAAUGUAAAUAAGACAGGCAAGACUGAGGAGGAAGGAGAAGCAGAGGACACUCAAAAUCAGAGUCAGGACAUGAGCUUUUGGCAGGAUUGGAGGGAUUUGAUCCCUGUCAUUAAGAUCGAUCUUAAUAUGGCCAGGUUUGUGUUUGGCAACCGUUUGGUUGCAUCAACACUCCUCCUGACGACUGACAAAGCAGAGUGCCACUAUACAACCAAGCCAGCAGCCUGCUCCCUUGACUACUUCAUGCAGGUGUUCAUAUCAAAAGCAGAGAACUUUAGGGUCAUCCUUGCUCCAAGCCCAAAAUACACUGGUGUUUUGGACGAGCCACCACGUUACAUGGGGGAAGGUUUUGUGGUAAUGUCAUCAAGUCUCGUGCACUUCUAUUACUAUGUGGACGAGCCAGGUCCUGUGCCAGAGCACCCUCAGACGAUGCGACUUCCAAAUGGAGAUGAAGUUACUGCUACAGCCCCUGUGUGGGGUCUUGAUAUAAAGUGUGCUAAGGGCACCAACCUCAGCUAUGGUCCAUGGGCUGACCGUCAGCGAGAGCAGUUGUUUCGCUUCUUCUUCCCACAAGAUUAUCAGACGGCUAAGAUGCCAAAUGCACCAGUACAUGGGGAGUUGCGGAAGGUUCAGCAGUUUGACUUGCGUCUCAGCAUACUGACUGAAGCCACUAUCGACAUUCUCUUUUCUAAGGAAAAAGAAACCAAUGCUGUCCACAUGAAUGUCCAGCGAGGGUCGUAUUUUGAGAUGACACUUCCUUGGACCGUUUAUGAGGAUGGCUAUGUAACCAAGAUCAGGGGUCAGCUCUUCCAUGUGGAUGCGUCGACCAGUUUACAGUACCGUAGUCUGCUGGAGGCAGAGACGCUGGACUACGGGGUGACCAUCCGCUACCCUUGUGCAUGGAACCAUCACCAGACUUGGGACAUGCAGUUUAGCAGUAGCAAAGCUACUUACCACUUCCUCUAUGCACAUAAAGAAUUUUUUCAAGAUUUAAUUGAGGACUGGUCUUCCCGUGUGCCACCGGACUUGCUCCACUUUGUGCCAUACUCGUGGAAUUUUGUCCUGAAGCUGCAACAGUUUGAGCUUGUCACUCUUGCCAAUGGCUACAACUGGGUAGACUGCUCCUCACAACAUCAGGCUAAUGCUCAUGUGGCCUUCUGUGGGAAGUUGUUUGAGCUCAAAUUCUGUCUACCGUUUGUUGACUUUCUGCCCGAGACGGUCCUCCUCAAGUUUGCAAUAAUGGCCGAGACGGUGGACCUGAGCUUGUUCCUGCCACCGUCCAAUACUUCACGGAAUAUCAUCACGGCUCUGGACCGAAAUGCUAAACUGGUAGACAAGGAAGACAGACCCAAACAAACAUUUUCCAAUGAUAAGUGGAGGAAAUUCUGCAAACUCAGCGCUGGGUGGGUUGACUGCUGGCAGGUGCCGGAACUAAAGCUGAACAUUGGCUACACCUACCAUCCAGUUCCACCCCUGGGACCCUCGCCUCAGGCCAAUGUGUCCACCCCAGAAAAGGAGGAGCUGCUUCUGUCUCCCAUCAGGGCUCCUCACCGCAAGAAAUCGCCCAUGGAGAUUAUAAAAAAUAUUACUCCUGAUCAGUUUGAUCCAACAUCAAUGACUCCAGACUGCUUUAGCGUUGAUCUGCACAUUACUCAAUCAUCGGAGAUUAAAUUAUAUGGAUCUGUUCUUCGUCAAUUCAUACACCUCAAGGAAAAUAUAUUUGGUGAAGAUCAGAAGUUCACAGAUAUGAACCAGACACACAUAGAUGAAGAUAACCCCGCUGAGUUGAGUCAACAGGAGGAAUCCAAAUCCAACAGUCUGGCCGAGGAAAAGAAGCCAGAGUUUGAUUGUCGCAAAUACCGCCAGUUUAGGGUCACAGUUUACAUAGAUAUAAGAAAUGUUCUGGGGCAUCUUGUCAAGGACUGUACUGAGAACGAUCCCCCAUGCCCAACAGUGGCACUGGAUCGUCUAGUGUUUGAAAUGGACAAGAGGUAUUUAGAGACGCAGCUGCAGGUUGUGGUGUCGCCCCUCAUACUUACAACCUUGGACACCAACCACAGCAGACCUCCUGCUCAUCAACACCUUCACACUGGCUUCCUUAUGUUGUCUGGGUUACAGAUGCGAGGACAUGCCAUGUUCAGUUCCGAAGAGCGUUCCCUUGAUGAGGAGACUCUUGAGUAUGCGUGGCUUGUUGAGUUGACAGUUGGUACACUCAGUGGUAAACUCUCGACCCCUCAGCUGCAGAACAUAAUGACAGCAUUAGAAGCAUUUAUACUCACUGUUGAGGACAUGGAGAACAGUCUGCGCCAUCCACGGCCCCACAUGUUCUGUUACCACGGCACCCCACAGCCACAGUGCAUUCAUACCACCGCUGAACACUUCUGUCCUACCACUGAUGUCAUAAAGUAUAAGAUGGUGCGAGCCUCAGUUGAUGGCCUCUCCCUCAAUCUUGUGGAGAGUGGCACCAUUCUUGGCAUUGAGAUCUAUCCCAUUAGAGUGGCAACAUGCAACCUGCAUGGCCAGCACACACGGUCUGGUAUCACUGCCCAUAUUCAAAACAUCAGUGCUCGAAAUUACAUAUGUGCCCAAGAUGGACUCAAGGAGGGGGGCGGCCGAGGUGAGGCUGCGUCCAUGUGUGGCACAUCUACAAGUGGUGCUGGCGGCCUAGGUUUGACAGACGUGUAUUCUGACGAUGUAUGGUUGGAGGCGGCGGCCAUUACACUUGGUCCCGUGUAUGUGGAUGCUGCAACCAGCAUGGAUGUCCUCCACCAUGACAUGCAAGUCAUACAACACAAAUUUUUGAAACUGCACGACGAGAGCACAAAGAGGCUGUGGUUCCUGUGGCCUCAAGACGUGACAAAGGUGUCGGCACAGGUGUUUGGCAAGUGUGGCUGUGUAGGCGGGUGUUCCUUCUUCAACAACAACAGGAAUGGCUUGACUUUUUUCAAGCCUGGCAAGCAGGAUUUCUAUACGGGUGUAAAUGUUGCUCAGUUUAGAGUAAAUGAUUCAAUGGAAGGUCCAGGUUAUGGCCAAAGCAUUUUACAAGAAAAUCAGUUGGUAUUUCAAGUUGGGGCUUAUUCUGAUCUUGCUCACUCCCAUUAUGACUCCAGCUCUGGAACAAGCAAGGAUCAAUAUGCUCUGAGUUCAGGAUACAUCAAAAGUGCAUCUCCAGCCACUCCAGCAGAUGCGCACGCAUCACGAGGGAGCAGUUCACUGCACCACAGCUCUGAUGCACAUGGCACCGAACGACUGAAUCCUCGUCACAAUUAUCAAAGAGAAGUGUCAAUUACUAGUCACGAUUCCAACCCUCAUGUGACUGAGGUGGAGCCAAGGGGAUCUGCAGGUCCUGGAGAUUCCAGCACCCUUCGUGCCACAAAAAAAGAUGUAGUGCUUGGCGUCCCAGGAGGCGCAGACGGUCUCUCAACUCCUGGUAGUCUGUCUGAUUUACGACGUUCUGUUGAUAAUGUGAAUUCUGGUCGGCAGAGUAAAAUGCCAUCUAGUUUGUCCUUGCAAACAGAGCUGCCACUCCAUGCUGCCAGUGGACAUAGGCUUUCUGUAAGUGGAAUGCGAGAGUCCAACUCGCGACAAUCUCUCUCUAGCCAACAUAGUCUAUUGGCCAGUGUACAAAGAACUGUUUCUGUUGGUAGUGAGACCCAAUCUGAGGCCUUCUUCUCUGCUGAUGAGGACCAGGUAAGUAAGAUGACUGUGAUUGGUAAUGGGGAAGGAACGUUGUCACGUGUGUCAUCUCAGCUCAGUCUUCCAACGGUGCCUGAAGACCAGCUCCAGCCACACUCUCACUCUGACAGUCACUCAAGUCAGACCUCUACACCACCCACUCCCCAGCAUGACACAGGAAUGCUUACCAUAAAUUCAAGUGGUCAUUAUAGUGUUGAAGAGGGCCGCAAAUGCAGACCCAGCUCUCGAAGUAGAAGCAGACACAACAGCUCCAAGAGUAAUGUCAGUAGCAGCAGUAGCAGCAGUAGUGGACAAAGUCCAGGUCUAGACCAUAGCCAGGCAUCACUCAUACACUCACUUGCCUCAGAGUCUUCAAGAGCAUGGGAGAGUGAUCAUCCUGCAAGAUCUUGGAAGAAAGCGGACAGAAUCCAGGCAUCUCUUGACUGCAGUGGAGACAGCAGCUCUGAGGUGGGCAGUGUCUCCAGCACCUCGUUUAUUUCAGCAGUGUCGUCCCAGGAGGACAUAGCCCUGGUGGACUUACAUAUGCAGCUCAACAAGCCUAUCACGGAUUCACCGCUGCUCAUGUCCUCAUACAUCAAUCAUAUGACUCAGCUGCGGUGCCUCAACUGGGAUGCCCCCAAUCCCAGUUUCCAGUCCAACACUAACCAAUCCACAGAGUUCCACACUCCAGUGUUUGAGAAGAUAAGCGAAGGGUUCACAGCCAUACGAAUGGUGGAAGGUGGGAGGUAUGGCCCACCACGGUCACCUCCCCCAACAUCUGGUCGCACCCCAUCACACCCCUACACCUGGGACACACCCAUAUUUACCUGGGGAGACACUCAGGAGGAGCAAAGUCAUGAAGACUCACAGGAUGUUGUUGGUGGAGUGUGUGAUUCCAACACCACCCGCACCACUGUUGUCAUCAAACUGAAAAAAGAUGUUGAUAUCAUGCUAUCUCCAAUGGCACUGGAGUCAGCACAGCUCUUUCUUGAGGCACUGACUCCAGUUCUUGAGUCUCUUCACCCACUGUCCAUCGUCAACCAAGCCCACAUGAGGUCUUUGUCAACUGUUGCUGGCCAGAACACUCUGAAGAAGAAGCGUUACAUGUACUGGUCACGCCUCAGGGAUAAAAAAGUUGCUGGAACACCGGAACAAUCGGCAGUCCUUAGCACGACCUAUCAGGAGAGCUGUUUCCAGCAGAUGCAGGGUCAGGUCACAGUACCCAGGAUAAAUGUCACUUUACUUCAAGCUUCAGUAGUAGAAGAAGUGAUCUCAUUCUCUGCUCUGGAUAACAUCCGAGACCUUACGUGCGUGUCUCUCAUCUCUGUGAGCCUCGACAGUGUCAGCCUUCAGUUUUACUCUGGCCACCAGUCAAAGAAGUCUGUACAAAUGUACAUGAGGAACCCACACGAUCCUGUCAUGCAGAAGAAGAGCAAGACGAAAGCACGACAGACUGUGGACUUGUUGGCUGAGCCUGUGUACAUUGAAACCUCUGAGCGACAGCAAGAAGAAAAUAUGGUAUCGGUUGAUGUGAACAAGGUGCACGUCCAGCUACGGCGCCUGAAGAAUGAGAGUGCACUGCUCAAAGAUGCAAGUGUUACAGCCAUACCAAACCACAGGUCUAAGGUACUAUUUAGCUUCCGUCGGUGUGCACGAGGAGAAGACUUUGAUAGUUGUGCUGCUAGUGGAACUCCAGUCAUGGAGGAUGACCGCAUGGGCUUUAUUAUGUUUGAAGCUGGUCUUGAAAAUGUUGCUUUAAGGGCUGUGAAAAGAAAAGGUUUUGGACAGCAAGCAGAGGGAUGUGGAAGGUAUGAUGGUAAUGCUCCAUGCAGAAACCAUGGCCCAGCAGCAUCUGCUGACAGUGGGGCCGGCCCAAGUAGCAGUUCAGCUCCUGGCACUUCCACAACAGAACCCCAGAGGACUGGCCCAGAGCUACGUCGGGAAUUGUCUGAUCGUCUUUGUUCUGCAUCGGUGUCUCAAAUGUCCAACAUAUCUAGUCAUUCAGGCAUAGCUCAUUCUACCUCAUCAGGCAAUGACAGUGUUAAGGAUCUGCCUGUAAUUCAGAUGAAGAGCGACAAGAGAGACAUAACAUCAUUUAUGGUUGAGCUGAGGACUGUUUGGUUUAACUUUGCUGCUCCUCCCCAUACACCCAUCACCAAAAAAAUUGAUUAUACCAGAUUGGACUGGAACCUUCUUAGCACAGCCUCUCCUUCCAUUAAUGCUUGGAUGAACCCUAGUGAUCGACUGACCGUGGCCGUCAUCCAGUUCUUGCACGCUUCUGAGAGCCGCAGAUUGGGUGUCAUGGCGUCUCUUAUGGCCGAGGCAUUGGAUGUGCAGUGCCUUCACGUUCCUGUUAAGAACAAGUAUGAGAAGUUGAUGCCUUUGAGCCAAACUCUUCAGGAAGACCCUUCGUGCCAACUGUGCACUGUGUUGCGCCGCUAUGUGUUGCAGUCGUCGCCACGCAUCAUCGAAAGCAACCUUCUCCCGCCGCAUCUUCCCAAACUUGCUACGCUCAGACAGGGAGUUGUGGUGUUGAGCCGUCAAUGGAAAAAUGCUCUGUACAUGCCACUGUUGAUGGAACAGACAUUCAGGAACAAGCAGACACGACCUACUUGCACCUACAGAUCAAAUGCCGCUCCUGAAGGCCGCAUGACCCCCAGAUUGGACCCCAACAUGAUGACCAGUGAGGUGACUGAUGAGAAAACAACACUACUAGAGGCUGAGGGAGGCUCCCUCAACUCUCGACCAGGUCAUGAAUCAGAUGGCAGCGGUACAAAUGGUGGAGAGGAUGCAACUGAUGGUGUGAUGAGCUCCGAGUCGACCCAACUACCUCCUCGGCGCUCUCUUCCAUCAUACCCCCCGCGCUCCUCUAGGGCUUCAGUGAUCUUGCCCAUCUUCAACACCAAUUUUGAGUCUCCAGCAAGGUUUCCAUUUCCAAAAAUUGGUGGACACUUGUCAUUUCUGCGUGGAGGACAGCAGUCACGGGCUGGACCAACUGGUGACAACCGUAGUGCUGGUAGCAGGAGCUCGGGCUCAGACCACGUGUCGUCCUCCAGUUUAGAAGGUGGAGGAGGAUCUGGCCUGGCAACUCCUGGACGACCUCCUACUGUCAACUGUGAAAAAGACCAUGAGAACUUGUACAACUGGAUGGUACGUCAGCAGGAGUAUGCCCGCACCACAGAUACCACCAGGCCCACGGUGACUUUUCCUCAGCGCGAAGGCGGUUUGAGCCAUUUGAGUGAGGGUGGUAUCGACCGAAGAGACUAUCCUCCUGCCAGAGAUGCCAACAACUUUUUGGAACCUCCACAAAGUGCUCACUUUCUGGAGGCUCAUGUGAUCUUUGAGCCUCUCCUCUCAGCAAUUGGAGUCAUUACUCAGCAGGUGACAGGAGGUGCUCUUGAGCAGCUGGGAUCCAAUUUGAGCAUCACAGGGAGUGUGGAGACCCUGCGUGUUGACAUCAUAGAAUCGGAGGCUUCCAAACAGAACCGCAAGAAGAGAAAGACUGGCGUGCACCCAGGUAACACAGUCGGCACUUCUGGGGACAACUGUGAUACUCCGGGUAAAUUCUUCCUGGACAUUGGGAUUGAGGUUCCAGCCUUCCUCUGCGAGCAUGUUGGGCUUGAAAUUGAUGUGAGUAAAGUAGCAGAUGAUUCACGUGAGUGGGUGAGCCAUCAGCCAACAUUGUUUGUUUCUCGCAGUGCACUGAAGCAACACACAUCAACUAUGGUCCACUUCUCCCUCAAUGUUAACUACAUUGCACAGCAGGUGAAUAUGCCCCUAUUGCGACUUCUUCAUCAGAUCAGUUCCAUGUACCAGAAUGCAAGAGAAACACAGAUAGGACUGCGAGAGCAGAGACCAACACGUACUAAAGAUACUAAUCUUCCAUCGCACAGGAAAGAAGGAUCAUAUUCAGAGUUGCAUGAGGGCGAGUACAAGGGCAAUGAAUAUAGUCUGAGCAUUAGUGAGGAACAGGCAACAGUGUCAUCUCUCGCUGGCAUCAAAGGUCCUCGAGGCUCUGUCGUUUCAUCCUUGUCUGCUCGCAUCUCCCCGCCACCUGCUGCUUCUAGAGCUGCUCGACCACAGAGCUUUGCUCAGAGGCUUAGGUCCUCCACCAAGAUGAGCAAAGCAGGCUACACCAAUCUUGGGACAGAGCGAGGCACCGGAAGUCCCCUGUUCAGCAUCAGCGUGAGUGGCUCGGGGCUGGAGGGUGCAACUAUCUGCUCCUCUGACAAGUCGCCAUUACUAGGUCCUCCUGAAGGUACCACACCCCCACCCGCCAUAACUGCCACACCCAAGUGCUGGCGCAACAUUUAUUACCUCCUGGAUCUCUACACCACCACACCUGAAACUAAGACAGUUCAACAAAGAUCAUCAGUAACAGGCGAUGCAUCAGAGGGAUAUAAAGGUAGUCGGAAAUAUGAUAUUCUCAAAGAAAGUAAGCAACCAGAUAUUGAAAAUGGGCCCUUGCCUGCUGUCUCUCCACCCCCAGUAGUGGCUGACAAAACUAAGGAACUUGGUUUAAUCUCGGGAGAGAGGACACCAUUUGUUGUCUUUGGUCUGGCCAAGAUUCAGCGAACAAAGCUACUUGCAACACUGAGUGGACUCAAGCUGGAGGCUGAAAUGAAUGCUGUUCACUCCUCAUUGACUUUCAGAGAGAAAGUUCGUGGAGCCAGAACACCUGUGAGGGCCACUCAACGAACAACUUCAGAACUCUCGCAUACGGGGCACAUUGGCAGCACAAUGAUUGUUCUCCUUGAAGGCAUUGCUCCCAACCAGCAGACUGUAGUGCGAGUAACAAUCGGAAAGAGCCAAGGGCUUUACUCCAGUCUAUCUCGCAAGACCAAAGAUAAGAAUUCGGCACUUAUCACAAUUGGAGAUGUUCACAUAGAUAUUCCUCAACAUCCAGUCAUCCUUCAUGACAUGAUGACCCGAGGAAGCAAGCAGCUCUCCUCAACACUCAUGGAAUUACGUGUGGCACGUCCAAGUGCUCGUCUAAGCCGAGGAGCCACUAUUGAUGAACCAGACGUGACGGCGUCGCCACGCCCCCCUCAAGAGCCUCCUGGACCUCAGGAACCAAUUCCACCAGAUGCUCUACUCAACCCACUAGUGAUUCAGUUCUCCAUAUUAUUGCAGAGUCUGAGCAUCCAAGCUGCUCUCCUGCCAUCACUGCAAGCCCAGUACCGGAUGGAGCAAGUGUCCAGUUUGGGAAUCACUGGAGCCAAGGCCAAGUUCACUGUUCAUCUGCCGACGCACCAUCUCUCCUUCUCCACAAGACUGCAGGACCUGCCGAGUGAGACCCACCUGCCGUCGUCAGCCAGCAUACAAUUGCCUCAGGUGCACGUGGAGGCCGAGUUAAUUCAAGAUGACCCUGCUCGAACUGACCAGCAUGCAGCAGCUGAUGGUAUGGUACUGCGUGAGGGCAACUACCUGAGUGCUGUGGCCGAGAUUGGUGCACUGGAGCAUAGCCUAACUACUGACCUCCUCAACCACCUCGUCUUUGUCCAGAAAGUCUUUAUGAAAGAAGUAAAUGAAGUAGUACAGAAAAUGGCCGGGGGAGACAAGCCAGUGCCACUGUGGACCGAGGAGGGACCCAGUCAUGUCUCUCAACCUAAGCACCUUCUCUUUACUCUUCAGCUUCGACUUAAGGGCAUCAUUAUCACGGCAACAACACCAACGCAAUCAGCUGUACGGCUAGAAACUGGUGUUGUGGAGCUACAACUCAGUAAUCGAGUCGAGAACAUCAGCCGGCCAACACGCACUUCAGCUGAUCCCACUCAACCCAUGAAAAUAUUUGGCAAAGCACAGGUGGACAUCAAUGUAGCUCUUGGACAGCUCAUCAGAAAUGAUAUGUUUGAAGAAGCAGAGCCAGAGUUUCAACAGUUGGCAUUUUUCCGGACGAGAAUAUGUUUGCGCAAUGCUUUAUACAAUGAGAUGCUUAGUGUUGGUGACGAUGGGGAGGUGGUGCUCAUCACAUUGACACGGCCACUGGUGUGUGUCCAGCCCCUCGCAGUCGACCGAGCUGUUCUUGUCUGGCUCAAUUAUAAGAAUGCUUACGAGUACUGGAGUGAACAGCGUGCCUCUCUCAAUAAGGAGGUGUUAACAGCCACCCAGCAAGUAUUUGAAAAAGUUCCUCAGUUUUCAUCUUUGUCUUCUGCAGCACAUAUCACAAACAAUGUCUAUCUUCAGUUGACUGUAGAUGACAUAGGCAUCUGUCUUCCCCUGAAUCCUUGCCGAACAGUGAGCCAUCAAGUGGACUCGACAGAGACCCGGGAUGCACUUGUGGUGACAUUAGAGAGCACCAUCAUCUCCGCGUGUAACUCUGGCUCUCUGGUGUGUAAAGCUCGGUUCAAGGGCUUCUGCAUGCGCUUUGCUCCGGAGUUUGAGACAAGCUUGGAUGACUGGAAGCCUGACUUCAAGGAUACAACAAUCAAUCUGUGUACAGUUUCUGAGGGAACUUAUGAGGUCUGCAGUCGGACAGUCGCAGGACACUCUGAAAAAGCAGAGAAUGCCAAGUGGCUACUUAACGUUCAGUGGCAGAUGGAAGGUGUUGACCUUCAUCUUGAUGUAAACAUUGGUAAGCAUCUGAGUGCACUGGCUCGCACACUCACCAUGCUUACAGGGGCUCCUGACACCGCUGGACCUCAAGCCAAUUAUGAUUCAGAUGAUGAUGUUGACCACGCUGAUCACGCAUCAGCCCAGCAGGAGUCAUCUUCUCUGAGGAGACAGUUUACUUUUAAUGAGAGUCUUCCAGCCUUCAUAUUUGAUCCCAAUCUGGAUGCUAGACAGAGAGCCAAGCUUCUGGAAAUUGAGAUGAAUGAGCAAGCAAAGACUGUAAAUGACCUCAAGAUGCUCGGAGCAUCUGCAUCUACCAUAGAGCAAGAAAUGCGACGAUUGCAGGAACUGGAAGCGGUCGUAUUCCACGAUUUCCGUCGGGAUGUAAUAAAGAAACUCCGUCGCCAGAGUGUAAAGGCAACAUCUAUGAAGGACCGGUUGGGCCUGGGUCCCAAGCCUCAUCUGAGGUCCAAAAGCUUCAGAGUUCCCUCACCCACUAUUGAAGUGAAGGAACCCCCAAUGAGGUGUGGAAGUCGGGGAAGUAUUGACCAAGCCUCCAUCAGUGUGGACAGCUCGCCGUGCCAUACUACCAAUGAUGCCACUGGCCAGAAGGUUAAGUUUAUGGAUGGAUCAUCUCAUGGCAGACGGCACCUGUCCUUCACCAGUGGUUCAUCAGAUUCCUACCCGACGGAUGAGAUUGACAAUGGUGAUGUGUUCCUGAACUCACCAGGGCAUGCACGUACUCCCACUCCUACUAAUGUCUCUGAUACAGAGACAGAAACUAUUACUAUCACCAAUUUCAGUAGUGACAACAUAAGAACUGCAGUGAACAAAAGUGUUGGUGGUCUGACUGGCUUGGUGACAGUCCUUGACCGUGACACAACUCGCAGUCCUACCGAUGGCAGUUACUUCAGAGAUGAUGGUGCACAGGGAGGCGGCAGUGGCAGCACACCGGGAACAACAACCGGGCCUCUGUCUGGCCACUCUAGCACUCACAGUUCAGGUCCCAUUACACCAGGUGGAGGUCACGGGUCAAGCAGCUCGGGCACGGUCAAACCCCUCGACCCCAGUAUUGACCUGGAGCUGGACGUGCGAGUUUGUAUCAGCUCUGGCAUGUGUAAUCUUUAUACCAAGUGUGUGUCACGGGAAGAAGAGAAGAGAAUGAAAAAGGAACGAAGUUUUUCUGGAGGCAUAUCAGAAACUCCGAGCAGCCCUGGCUCAGUUCGUAAGAAAAAUGAAGCUCGCACCAACAUGUCAAGCGGUAAACUGCGAGCCCCACCUCCACCUUCACUCUCUGUGUCUGCUGAUACCAUCUUCUAUAUCCCAGGCCUCGAUGUAAAGGUUCAUUAUGAGUCGCACAACAUUCAUGAAGAAACUCCAGUUGGGAGUGGCGGCGGUGUGUUUGGCAGUGGCGUGGGCAUUCCCUCGGAAGGCUCCGGGUGGUCACCUGCUGGCACGGCAGGAGGCAGUGGCAGCCUUGGUGGCAGCUCCCGCAAGAGUGGAAUUGGUAGUGGUGGUAUCAAGCGUGCUUCGCUCUUCACUUGGCUAACUUUGCAAAGCAUACAGAGAGAGACUACAGUGAGCCCAAACAUUCUGGAGUUCCUCGAGUUGGCCUUGGAGCCACUGCCUGUACCCGAACCUCAGCACAAAUCUCCAGCCGCAUCUCAAGAACGUGAACCAGUGUUCAAUGUGGAUGUUGACACUUCAGGAGCUCCCGGUGGUGGUGGAGUACCUUAUGUUUAUGCAUCGUUUCCUGUUGAUGUUGUGGUUUACUUUCAUAUGCAGCCAUCAACUAUUCGGUUCUCUUGCCAACCAGUUUCCCGUGUGGAGUGUCUCCUGCAGUUACCAUCCCUCAACCUUGUCUUCUCAUCAAAGAGGGCAGAUGAUGGAUCAAUGGCAGAUUUAGCGAGUAAGCUGCCAGCAACUAUCGGAGGAUUAAGUGUAACUGGUGUCCUGGAGGACUUCUCACUGUACGUCUUCCACCCAUAUGGGGGAAAACAGCGUGGCACCUCAGGAGCUCCAUAUUUGGCAUCCUCUCCCUUGGCAGCCCUUACAGACAGUGAACGGAAGGAUUCCCUAAGUGUCAUGGUGGAAUUUGUAAAGUUUCACAUAUCUAGGUCACGUAAGAUUAACUUCAAACCAGAACUGGGCACGAAAAUGAAGGCAGCCAACAUUGCAGACUCGGCUAAGGCCAUCAUCAGAUUUUCCACCAUUGUAGACAUUGGAGCUGCCCACUUCAAGUAUGACAUGCGGAGACUGACAGAAAUCCUAGCAUUCCCCCGAGCAUGGUACAGGCGAUCAAUUGUGAGGCGAUUGUUUUUAGGAGACUUCACAAGUGGUGCGAUGUCAAGUGAGUGGGAUGAAGCGAGUCCAGCAGCUUCCUCCGGAGAGUCGCCACCCACUCAUAAUGUUUCAACUAAGCGACAUUCGUCAAGUUCGUCAGAGGGUAUUGACACAAAUCGUCGAGAGAAUGGCAGCAUAGACGGCAGUGGCAUCAGGUCAACACCAGCCACAUCACAACUUCUGGGUACUGCCGGUGCUGGUAGUCGUGCACGAGAUAAACUCAGGCUUAAUUUUGAUUCUGAUGCGAACAUCAGAAAAAGCCCUAAACUUACAGGUGGCAAGACAGACGGCAUGAGCGAGGAGGAAACUGAUGUGUUUGGGGCACCACCUGCGGCACCAGAUGUGGCUGAAACAUCUUCAUCUGAUAAAUCAUGUGAAGCAGAUGGAGCAGGAAUGACUCAGACGGCAAAUAAAGCAGGCUCGUGGGAGACUCUGGUGCUUUUUGCCGUCAACUUCACCCGCCUCAGUGUGCAGAUGAACAUGGGCAAUGUGAUGGGCAAUGUUGUCUGGACAACAAAAGACUUCAAAGCCAAUGGAAGACUUUCAAUCGGAAGCACAGGCCACAAAAACAUGUACAUUGGUCUUGGUCUGGGAGGGUCUGGUCUGGAGGCCAAGGGAGGCAUUGUGGGUGGCACCAUUGAACUCUCGGAAAUUAACAUGUAUUUAAAAAUCCGUGAAGACCCGGGAACUGAGCCAGACCACACUAUUGGUGUCAAGUUAUUUGCAUCACAGUCACGCUUAGACUACAUGGGAACCAGUGUACUUAUGGGCAGAGUUUCCUCCUUUGGUGUUACGUUGAGAGAUGAGUGGAAACUUAAACAGUGCGCUGAUAGUGAUGAAGAUACCACACGAAGAGGUGCUACUAUAUUCAUCCUGGGUGACCUGGAGUGGGAUCAGCUGCAGCUCAUCAUCAGCAAGUCCACCACAGCUGACCUGCUAAAGAUGCACCAUAAGCUUGACGAGUUCUUUUCACAGCAAUUUAAGUCAAGCAAGAGAGUUUUCUCCUCCCUUCAGCCCACCAGACACAAAUCGUCUGUCAAACAAAGGCCCAAGGAUGGAAACCGCAAGUUGGCUGGUGUGUUGGGUGUGACAUCAGGUCAGGAUGCUCGUCAUCAUCGUCACUGGCAAGGUGUACUGUACCGUGUGUCUGGUCUGCGGCUCACCACCCUGCCGUUACCCUUGCCAGACUCUGGAACAGUCCUAGGUGGAUCAUUAGAACUUCAUGGCAAAACCAUCUCUCUUGCAUGCUUCCAUGGUGUUAACUUUAGAAGUAAAUCAUGGGCCUUAUUUAGUCUUCAAGAACCAUACAUUAACUUCACCUCAGAAGUGCAAGAGGUUCCUGGAGACCCCCCACGUGACACACACAUUGUGCAGAACCUGACCUUCAGUUUGGGGGUUAUGGAACAGACUCAUGCACAGCAUGUCUCUAUGGCCACUGUCUGCAGGAUUACUAGAAACAUGGUCUUCCCACCACAGUUUCGCACCAUCCAGGAAUGGUUCCACUAUGCUUUCUGUACAUCAGAACUUGACAAUGUAGAUCGGUUCCCUUCCUUGGACCGCAGUGACAGCUUGCCAUCAUCAGAUGGUAAGCGAUCAUCAGCCCGCUUACAGGACCACAACCAUUCCUCAGAGACUGUCUUUGCCUUACCCUCAAUGCAGAUUCACCUUAACACCAAACAUCUGCAGACAGCCAAUACUCCAGACUUUAUGGAUGAUAAACCCAAAGUGGAGUGUUCGCUCGUAACAGAGUUUCAGGAUCACAUAUUUGUUGCGGUUGAUGCGGAGAAUUUCUUCUUCCUCCAUGAUUUGAUCGCUUCAUAUGUGAAGGACACGAAAGAGAAGAUGGCCAGGAAAACUAAAGGGGCUGGUGCUGACAACGAGAACAAUAAGGAAAGUGGAGAGAAGAAGCCAAAGGUGGUGCGGGUGAAUGAACCAACUCAACUCCUUCAACAAGAUUAUCGAGAAUUUACUUGUCCCACCUGGCAUUUGGAACCCACUGUCAGACUUCUCUCGUGGGCAACAAAGAACUUGGAGCCAUAUGGUGUGGACUACAUUCUGCAGAAGCUUGGCUUCAGUCAUGCCAGGACUACAAUUCCAAAAUGGCUCCAACGAGGGUGUAUGGAUCCCUUAGAUAAGGUUUUGUCCUUGCUAAUGUUCCGUAUGAUAGCUGCCAUAUAUGACCAUGACAGUGCCAACAGGUAAUAGAUACAAUAUAAGAACCAAUUAGAAAACCUUCCAGCAUUCCAUACUUAACACUAUUUGUUGUGAAUAUUGGUCUUUUGAAAAAUUGACAAGUGAAAUCUCUUGAUAUUCGAGUACCAGCGAACACUGGCUCUCUAAUUAUGAGGAUACAGAGGCUUGGUGGUUCACUGCAGUCCCAAGCUCAUGCCCCUGAGCAUGGCUCAUUAUAAUUCUGUGUGUAGUUCCUUAAUAUUAUUAGGAGAGUAAAUACCACAGUGUAAUACAGGUAUCUUGUAUUUUCAUUACUGUACUAGGACACAUUUGUCAUACAGUAAUAUAACAAUUUUUAUUGAAAAUAUUCAAUCUAACAAUGUACACUAUUACAAUUCUGAAUAUCGGCUACUGUUGUUGUUCAUUAAUAAUAAUAUUUGAUGUAUUUCAAGUCAACAUGAAUGCAUAAUUGAGCUUGUGUGGAUGCAAGACGUGGUGAUGGUGGUCAUGAUGGUGGUGGUCAUGGUGAUGGUGGUCAUGGUGAUCAGUGCUUGUGGAAGACCAGGUUGGUGGCACAUUAUAGUGCCCCAGGCAUCAAGUGCAGUGUCCUCUAUCAAACCUUAUGCUUUAAUGACGAUAUUACAUACCAUUAUCAAUACACCUUAAGGCAAACAAGAAAUUACUUUUGUAUUAGGAAAGUUUGAGAAUAUGGUACAUAAAAUCCUAGCCUUCCUUAGGUUGGAUAAAAUUCCUGGUUUAAUAGAAACUUGUGUAUACAGUAAUCCAAAGUGGAUUUGUUGUAAAUAUAAAAGUAUAUCAUAAAUUUUUAGGCAAUUAUUAUUGCAGCUCUUCAAGAAUUACUUUGCAAGUUGUAUGUUAAUCUUCCACAAAUUUUGGUUCUGCUGGUGAUUUGUACAUCUUUUGGGUGUUCUGGUCUGCCCAGUGGCACUUAGUCUAUGGCAGCAUAUUUACUUAAUUUUUGUCCUCAAGUUCAUAAAAUGGACAGGUCCUAACCAACAUGUCUGUUUAUACUCUUCUCUUUACUCGGUGUGUAAAUGAGUUCUUCAAAAUUGUAUAUCUCGCAUUCCUUUGGUAUUCUUGGUAAUGUUAUACAGACCCACACUUAGUCGUGGCCUGUACACACUUGGUUGUGGCCUCAUACAUCCCCCACACACUUGGUCAUGGCCCCAGACAUCCCCACACACUUGGUCAUGGCCCUGUGGCCCCAUAUAUCCCCACACACUUGGUCGUGGCCCCAUACAUCCCCAGACACUUGGUCGUGGCUCCAUACAUCCCCACACACUUGGUCAUGGCCCCAACAUCCCCACACACUUGGUCGUGGUCAAGGUAUACAGUCUCAUGUAUCCUAAUUACACACACAAACUUUGUCCCAUCAUUAUAUUCACUCACACUGUCUUGUCAGUGUAUAACUAUUUAUACAAAAGGCAACCAUAAUAAGAGUAAAGUUUAAUACUAAACUUAUUUGGGAGGAGACAGUCCGAGAGGGCAAGACUAAUAUAAUUCCAUCGUGGUCAUAUUGACACCCUUCAUGGAGACCGACUUCUUCGGCUGUUUAACAGACUAAAGUAAUUCAUGAUAGUUUGGAAAUAUUUGCUCGAUAUACAUAUGUUGAAUUACAAAAUACAGUAAAUAUCUUUUGGAAAAAGAUAUGAAUAUGAGAGACUUGUAUCAUAUGUGUAUGUGCUUGCCAUGUGUGUAAUUUAUUGUGGGUAUAUAAUCAUAGUUUUGAGUGACGUGUGAUGCUUCAUCAAUACUCAUGUAGUGUAAAAAAAAAAAUGGUCAUAAAUAACCAAAAAUUAAAUUUACUAAUUAAAUUAUUUGUAAAUUUGAAUAUUGUUGUACAAAAUGAAAGUGGCUAAUUUACGAUACCUCAUAUAAUCCAGUAUAAGGCAUGGAUUUUUAGCUUGCAUGUAUAACUAUAUAAGAUUAUACAUUUUUAUUAGAGAUUAUAACAAUGUAUUAAAUAAAUAAUGGGCCUGUACAAUAAAAUUUUGAACAAUUAUAAUUUACACAUUACAGAAAGAUUUAUUUUUAACGUAACACGUCUAGAGUAGUCUGUGAUAUUUCUGGCCUGCAGUAUUUUAGUUUCUCAUAUUUUUUUAAUUGUUGGUUGUUUGUUUUUGCUCAAAGUUCAAGAAAUUUGUGAAUACAGCAAUAUAUUUGUUUUUUGUGGCGUUUUACUGUAAUUAGGAACAUAAUUAUGUAACAGUAUUGUUUUAUUAUCUGCAUUUGAAUUUUAAAUUUUCUUUUAUCAUUCCAGUGUUUUAAAAGAAUAUUUUAAUUAAUGCUUAUACAAAAAAUGCAUUUUCCAAUCUACAUUAUAACCAUCAUUAAGUCAUUAAUUACUAUUUGGUGACGGUUGUUUUGUGGAGACGUGAGUGUGAGGGAGUGUAACAAGCUGCAGUCACUCGCACGCAGUAAACAUUGUCUCGUACACUAACCAUCACUAUGAUGUUUACUUAUACUGUACAAGUGUAUGGAAUAACAAUGAUAUUCGUGUAGACUGUAGUUUAGCUUGAAUGAACUGCUCACUGGGUUAUUCAGAAGAAAAUGCAUUUAUGUAUUUUAUUUUAGUAUUGUUAAUAUAAUGGUCAGGUUAAUAAUUAUAGGAAAUUAAUAACUAUUCAUUGAGAAAAAGCUAUUUAUAUUAAAUAAUAUUUUCCCCCUUUUAAUUCAUGAAUUUAUGAAUGAUAAUUGUAAUUUAAGUAUAACUAGAAAGAAGUGAAAGUUAUGUCAGAAUACAUUAUAAACCUGUGCAUAUAAAAAUAGUGAUACACUUUUGCAAGUGUGAAAUAAUGGGAAAUGAUAUGGGUGCCAUAAUUUAAACUAGGAGCAGAAAUGUAUUAAGAGAUCCCCAACUCUCCGGCCAUUAUGUAACCCCUAUGUCUAGUCAAAUACUAAUGGGCUAACUGUAAAUAAAAACAUUGUUCGUA